GCCCUGCUGCGGCUGCAGCCGGAGCCGAAGGUGGCCGCUGCACAGUAGACGCCCCCUCACGGAUUCCCCCACACGCUCCCGCCCCCUCGCUCGCCCAUUGCGCCUCCCUCGCGGGCUCCGCCGUCCUCCAUAGACGCUUUCCCCCUCGGACUCUUAUUCCCUUUUUCACGGAGCCCCGCGCUCUCGUGAGCCCCCUCGAAGAACCUGGUCUCCGCAUCCAGUUCCCAUCUCCUGCCUCAGAGGCCAUCCGAGCUCUUCGCACCUCGCCCCUCAGCACCCCCCGUUGCCCCCGCCCCGCGUCGCCUCGCUCCCUCCCGCCCCCCCAUCAUCCCUUACCUCGCAGUUCCCCUGUCCUGAGGGGAUCCCCGGCACGGGCGGCGCGGCAGCGGCAGGAGGGAGAAAGUGAAGGGGUAGCUCGCACACACUCUCGCCCUCACUCCCGGCUCGGCGGCACCCACCAUCGGGAGGAGGAGGAGGAGCCGAGAGGAGCUGAGCGAGCACGGAAGUAGCUGCUGCUGGUGGUGACAAUGUCAAAUAACGGCCUAGACAUUCAAGACAAACCCCCGGCCCCUCCGAUGAGAAAUACCAGCACUAUGAUUGGAGCUGGCAGCAAAGAUACUGGAACCCUAAACCAUGGUUCUAAACCUCUGCCUCCAAACCCAGAGGAGAAGAAAAAGAAGGACCGAUUUUACCGAUCCAUCUUACCUGGAGAUAAAACAAAUAAAAAGAAAGAGAAAGAGCGGCCAGAGAUUUCUCUCCCUUCAGAUUUUGAACACACAAUUCAUGUUGGUUUUGAUGCUGUCACAGGGGAGUUUACGGGAAUGCCAGAGCAGUGGGCCCGCUUGCUUCAGACAUCAAAUAUCACUAAGUCGGAGCAGAAGAAAAACCCGCAGGCUGUUCUGGAUGUGUUGGAGUUUUACAACUCAAAGAAGACAUCCAACAGCCAGAAAUACAUGAGCUUUACAGAUAAGUCAGCUGAGGAUUAUAAUUCUUCUAAUGCCUUGAAUGUGAAGGCUGUGUCUGAGACUCCUGCAGUGCCACCAGUUUCAGAAGAUGAGGAUGAUGAUGAUGAUGAUGCUACCCCACCGCCAGUGAUUGCUCCACGCCCAGAGCACACAAAAUCUGUAUACACACGGUCUGUGAUUGAACCACUUCCUGUCACUUCAACUCGGGACGUGGCUACAUCUCCCAUUUCACCUACUGAAAAUAACACCACUCCACCAGAUGCUUUGACCCGGAAUACUGAGAAGCAGAAGAAGAAGCCUAAAAUGUCUGAUGAGGAGAUCUUGGAGAAAUUACGAAGCAUAGUGAGUGUGGGCGAUCCUAAGAAGAAAUAUACACGGUUUGAGAAGAUUGGACAAGGUGCGUCAGGCACCGUGUACACUGCAAUGGAUGUGGCCACAGGACAGGAGGUGGCCAUUAAGCAGAUGAAUCUUCAGCAGCAGCCCAAGAAAGAGCUGAUUAUUAAUGAGAUCCUGGUCAUGAGGGAAAACAAGAACCCAAACAUUGUGAAUUACUUGGACAGUUACCUCGUGGGAGAUGAGCUAUGGGUUGUUAUGGAAUACUUGGCUGGAGGCUCCUUGACAGACGUAGUGACAGAAACAUGCAUGGAUGAAGGCCAGAUUGCAGCUGUGUGCCGUGAGUGUCUGCAGGCUCUGGAGUUUUUGCAUUCGAACCAGGUCAUUCACAGAGACAUCAAGAGUGACAAUAUUCUGUUGGGAAUGGAUGGCUCUGUCAAGCUAACUGAUUUUGGAUUCUGUGCACAGAUAACCCCAGAGCAGAGCAAACGGAGCACCAUGGUGGGAACCCCAUACUGGAUGGCACCAGAGGUUGUGACACGAAAGGCCUAUGGGCCCAAGGUUGACAUCUGGUCCCUGGGCAUCAUGGCCAUCGAAAUGAUUGAAGGGGAGCCUCCAUACCUCAAUGAAAACCCUCUGAGAGCCUUGUACCUCAUUGCCACCAAUGGGACCCCAGAACUUCAGAACCCAGAGAAGCUGUCAGCUAUCUUCCGGGACUUUCUGAACCGCUGUCUUGAGAUGGAUGUGGAGAAGAGAGGUUCAGCUAAAGAGCUGCUGCAGCAUCAGUUCCUGAAGAUUGCCAAGCCCCUCUCUAGCCUCACUCCACUGAUUGCUGCAGCAAAGGAGGCAACAAAGAACAAUCACUAAAACCACACCCACCCCAGCCUCAUUGUGCCAAGCCUUCUGUGAGAUAAAUGCACAUUUCAGAAAUUCCAACUCCUGGUGCCCUCUUCUCCUUGCCUUGCUUCUCCCAUUUCCUGAUCUAGUGCUCUCAAGACUUUGACCCUUGGAAACCAUGUGUCCAGCAUUGAAGAGAACGGCAACUGAAUGACUAAUCAGAUGAUGGCCACUUCUAAAUAAGAAAUUUCCUCCCAAUUCAUGGAUAUGAGGGUGGUUUGAUUAAGAGUUUAUAUGAAUAAAUGCUUCUAGUCUUCCAUAUGGCAAAAUCCUCACCUCCUUCAUAACCAUCCCCUAUAAUUAAUUCUUGACUAUAUAAAUUUAUGGUUUGAUAAUAUCAAUUUGUAAUCAGUUGAGAUUUCUUUAGUGCUUGCUUUUCUGUGACCGAACUGCCCAGACACCUCAUUUUACUUGAAAACUGGAACAGCUUGGGAAUGCCAUGGGGUUUGAUAAUCUGCCAGGGAUAUGAAGAGGCUCAGCUUCCUGGACCAUGACUUUGGCACAGCUGAUCCUGACAUGGGAGAACAACCACAUUUUUCUUUAUGUGUGCUUCUAGCAGCUGUUUGGGAGGACCUUGACCCAAUAGUGUUCCCAUGCUGUUUCUUGUGAAAUGCUCUCGGCUAUGUAGCAGCUUUUGAUUCCCUGCAUACCCUAGGCUGCUGCCCCUAUCUUGUCCCUUGUUUAUAACAUUGAGAGGUUUUCUAGGGCACAUACUGAGUGGGAGCAUUGUUGAGAAGUCAGGGGAAAAAAGGUGACUACUUUUAGAGCAAGGCUGGGCAUCAGCACCUGUCCAGCUCUACUUGUGUGAUGUUUCAGGAACUCAGCCCCUUUUUCUGCCUGGGGUAAGGAGCUGAAAGAUUAACUUGGAUCUUCUAAUGGUCUAAAUCUUUUGGUCACAAUGAAGAGUCUCCAGAUUAGAGACUGCAUGUUAGUUCUGGAUGGAUUUGGCAGCCUGACAUGAUACCCUGCCAGCUGUGAGGGGACCCUGUUUUUAAGAUGCAUGGCCAAGCUCUUUGCCAAUGGAAAUGCUUACAUUGGGCAUUGGGGAUGUUUGCUACCUCCUGCUAUUUUUGUGGUUUUGGUUCUCCCACUAUGGUGGGACCCCAGGCCAGCAUUGUGACUUGUCAUGUCAGCCCUAUUGACUACCUUCUCAUGCUCUGAGGUACUACUGCCUCUGCAGCAUAAAUUUCUAUGUCCGUCAAUAAAAGGAGAUGAAA